UUUCGCCCAGAGGAAAUUUCAUUUUCAUUCUCUCUUUAUUUUGUCAAGUCUUUGAAUUGCAUUGAAGAAGAGAUGUGUGUCUUAUCCUGUGCCAUCCCUUCUGCUUAUCCUGCUCACCUCCCAAAAGCUUCACUAUCCACAUUAACGACUGUUCGGUCAAGCUCUCUAGUCUCAGUUCCAACUCUAGACCACCCCUUUGUUCCUGAGGUUGUGAAGGCUGUGGAUUCCUUGUAUCCUGAGUUCAGAGCUGUUGAUAAUUUGGUGGCUUGCAAUACCUCCCGUGUUCUGAAAGCUUUUCAGAAUGCUAGGGUUGGAUCUCAUCACUUUGGCGGAAGUACUGGCUAUGGUCAUGAUGAAGCUGGGGGACGUGAAGCACUUGAUCAAGUUUUUGCAGAAAUUGUAGGAGCAGAAUCUGCAAUUGUUAGGUCACAGGUAAUUAGUGUUGCUUAUUAUAAUAGUUAUUUGGAAUCUUUAUUGUUUAUAAUAGUUGUUUAUCUGCUGCUCCUUUGCCAUCAGUUUUUUUCAGGUACCCACGCAAUCACUUGUGCGUUGUUUGCUUUCUUAAGGCCAGGGGAUGAGCUUUUGGCAGUCGCUGGUGCUCCCUAUGAUACCUUGGAGGAAGUUAUUGGAAAGAGGGACUCUUCUGGGAUGGGUUCUAUUAAAGAUUUUGGAAUUGAGUAUCGAGAAGUUCCUCUUGCUGAAGAUGGGGGUCUUGACUGGGAUGCACUUGGGAGUGCUUUGAGACCUCAUACAAAAUGUGCACUGAUACAAAGAUCAUGUGGUUAUUCAUGGCGACAGAGUUUAAGUGUAGAUGAGAUAGGGAAGGCCAUAAAGAUUAUAAAGAUGCAAAAUCCUAACUGCUUCAUCAUGGUGGAUAAUUGCUAUGGAGAAUUUGUGGAAAUGAUUGAACCUCCUAUGGUGGGUGCAGAUUUGAUUGCAGGCAGUUUGAUAAAAAAUCCUGGUGGAACUAUUGCACCAUGUGGUGGAUAUGUUGCCGGGAGGAAAAAAUGGGUAGAAGCAGCGGCUGCUCGUCUCUCUGCACCAGGACUAGGAAUUGAUUGUGGUUCAAUCCCUGGUGAUAUUAUGCGAGCUUUUUUCCAGGGUUUGUUCCUUUCGCCUCAAAUGGUUGGUGAGGCAGUCAAGGGAACCCUUCUGAUGGCUGAAGUCAUGGCAUCUAAAGGGUAUAAGGUGCAACCGCUUCCUCGUGUUCCUCGUCAUGAUACAGUGCAGGCAGUACAGUUAGGAAGCCGUGAGCAUCUCCUUGCCUUCUGUGAGGCUGUACAGAGAAGCUCCCCAGUAGGUUCAUUCACUAAACCUAUUGCUGGUACAACUCCUGGAUAUGCAUCUGAGGUAAUAUUUGCUGAUGGAACCUUCAUUGAUGGGAGUACAAGUGAGCUCUCAUGUGAUGGACCUCUACGAGAACCUUUUACUGUGUUUUGCCAGGGUGGCACCCAUUGGAUUCAGUGGGGACUUGUUCUUGGAGAGGUUUUGAAAACCAUAUAAUCUAAAACAGAUUUUGGUUUAUAAGAGACACAAGGUGUUGUGUGAUAUAUUUUUCCGAAGACAACCAUUUUCUGCUCAUCACAAUGGCAUUCAGAUUAACCAUACAGUAUUGGUAGUUUCAAUCCUUGCCAGAAUUACUUAGAACAAACUGAAGAAGUCAUUCCAACUAUAAUUUAAGGUAUUUCAGGAAGAUUUAUGACUAAGCUUUUCGGGCAGGCGCUACUUGAAUUCGUGGAGACCCUGGGGAAGUUUUAAUAUCUAUACAAAGACAUUCUUUUAACAAAAAAAAAUUUCUUUAAUCAGGUUUGAUAUUAGUGAAAUGAGUCCAAAGAUUGAUUUGGUGAAGUGAACAAGUGAUAAAAGAAUCUGAACAGAGAUUAUUGGUCCUCAGAUUCUUUGAAAUAUUAUCAUCUGUUAUAGUGAUUGUAUUUUCUCCAUAUUAUUUUUCAACAAUUUUGAAUCCUUCUAGUUUGAUUCUUCUUCCGAUGCGAAGAAAUUUCACACUGGGCUCUAUACCGUAUUUGUAUUUCUUU